GAUGGCUUUGCAGAGCUUUAGUAUCGUGCAGGUGGAUCGUAGCGGAGUUGUGCCUAAAGGUAGUGUCUCGGGAAUUCGAAGCAGAUCGUGAGGAAUAAGAAGAAAGGAAGAUCUCAGUGGAAUCCGGAUUUCGUUAGAUGUCCUUUGAAGAGUUCUGUGGCGGUCCCUUUUGGGACGGCCAGAAGGAAUGGCGGCAGGACAAUCCGGAUUUGACCUUUUGCUUCCAACGAGUUGCCCUGCAGUGGGUUCCCUGUUUCUUCCUGUUUGUCUUUUCCCUGUACGAAGUCUACAAGUAUGGCACUAGCCGCUACCGAGAUAUACCAUGGAAUUGGUUCAACCUGUCAAAGAUGCUGGUCAAUUUUACGUUGAUGUGCAUGAGCUGGAUCGAUCUGGGCAUGGUUGUGACCUACAAGGACGAGCAUGGCCUGUUCGACGUCCAGAUCGUGACGGCGAUAUUUAACGCCAUAUCUUAUAUUGUCCUUAUGGUACUGAUAUUCUUUCAACGGAGAUAUGGCAUCAGAAGCUCGGGGACGAUCUUCAUCUUCUGGUUCAUGCGAAUGUUCUUCGGUAUCAUUCAGCUUCGAACAGAAAUUCAAAACAAGGGAAUUCGUGGCGAAGUAACGGGCGAUGGCGUUAACUUUUGGGAGUUCCAAUACAUCAGCUACUGCAUUCAGUACGCUUUCAUCUGUCUAAUGUUGGUGGUUGAGUUCUUCCCGGAUCAGGAACCAUCGUACAGCGAUUACCCGGAAUCCAAGAAACCAAGUCCGGAACUGCGAUCCAGCUACUUUGUGCGGUUGUUCUUCCUGUACUUCGACUCGUUCACGUGGCGUGGAUUCCGCAAUCCGCUUACCAUGGACGACAUGUACGACAUCAACCCGCAAGAUGCGUCCGCAGAGCUGGUGCCACCGUUCGACAAAUACUGGUACGAAAGCGUGGAGAAGGGUCGACACAAACAGAUGGCCGCCGACAAGAAAGCUGGAAAGACGAACAUCAAUUACAAACCACACUCGCAAACCAACGGAUCCGUGUUACCAGCGAUUGUCAAAGCGUACGGAGCUCCAUUCUGGUUUGCAGGUCUGUUCCAGUUGGCGAUCUCCGGACUGCAGUUUGCCAAUCCGUAUCUUAUGCAGGAACUCAUGAAGUGGAUCGCUUUCCAUGGCCCCAAUUGGCAAGGAAUUAUAUUGACCUUCGGCUUGUUCGCAACAUCUCUGCUCAUAGCGUUGUUCAACGGUCAGUACUUCUACAACACCUUCCUGACCGGGUUCCGCAUCCGUACUGGGCUCAUUAGCGGUAUCUAUCGUAAGGCGCUUCGGAUAUCAAGCUCCGCGAAAAAAGACACCACCGUAGGAGAGAUCGUCAACCUCAUGGCAGUGGAUGCCCAGCGGUUCUUCGAAUUGACUUCCUACUUGCACGUCCUCUGGUCCGGUCCGGUGAUCAUCGCGCUGUGUAUCUACCUGCUGUACGACAUCUUGGGAGUGGCCGUGUUUGCCGGGCUUGCCGUAAUGAUCAUAAUGACUCCGGUUACUGGAGUGAUGGCCACGCAGUUGCGCGACCUGCAAGUCGAACAGAUGAAGAUCAAGGACGAUCGCGUCAAGAAGAUGAACGAGAUUCUUGGCGGAAUCAAGGUCCUCAAGCUAUACGCUUGGGAGAAAAGUUUCCAAGAUUCUAUCCUGAAGGUCCGAAGCAAGGAAAUCGGCAUCCUCAAGAAGAUGGCGUACUACGGAGCGGGAGUGUACUUCACGUUCACCAUUGCUCCAUUCCUGGUUACGUUGGUUUCGUUUGCUGUGUACGUAUUGAUUGACGAGAACAAUCACCUCGAUGCACAAACGGCCUUCGUUUCUUUGGCCUUGUUCAACAUUCUGCGCAUGCCAUUGGGUUGGCUUCCGAUGAUGGUGACCUUCGCUAUGCAGGCUUGGGUGUCGAUCAAGCGUAUCGACAAGUUCAUGAACAGCGCCGAACUUGACCCGAAUAACGUUACGCAUCACAAGAGUGAUAAGGCGCUGUACAUUAAGGAUGGAUCCUUCUCUUGGGGUGAUGAAACGCUCAUACUGAAGAACAUCCAUUUGGCGCUGAAGAAAGGUCAGCUGUCGGCAGUGGUUGGCGGUGUUGGAACAGGAAAGAGUUCGCUUAUCUCUGCCUUGCUUGGAGAAAUGGAGAAGAUCAGGGGUUCGGUUAAUACGGACGGCACGAUCGCCUACGUUCCUCAGCAAGCCUGGAUCCAGAAUGCUACGCUUCGGGACAAUAUUCUGUUCGGGAAGUCGUUCGACCAAAAGAAAUACGAUCGCGUGAUUGAAUGCUGUGCUCUGAAGCCUGAUCUGGAGAUGCUCCCGGGAGGAGAUUCAACCGAAAUCGGCGAGAAGGGUAUUAACUUGUCCGGUGGACAGAAGCAACGUGUUUCCUUAGCCCGCGCUGUCUACGCCGACGCCGAUAUCUAUCUGUUUGAUGAUCCACUGAGUGCGGUCGAUGCUCAUGUUGGUAAGCAUAUAUUUGAACAGGUCAUUGGUCCACAAGGAAUUCUUGUCGGAAGAUCACGGCUGUUGGUUACGCAUGGUAUCUCAUUCCUACCCCAUGUGGAGGAGAUCUUCGUCAUGAAAGAUGGUGAAGUAUCGGAAAGUGGUUCUUAUCAGCAAUUGUUGGAUCAGAAGGGCGCGUUUGCUGAAUUCCUUUCUCAACACAUCCAAGACUUGGAUGAAGAAGAUGAAGAAAUCCAAAUCCUCCAGGAAGCCCUGACGGACGAAACUUCGAAGGGUAUCGUAAAACGUUUAGUCUCCAUCCGUUCGAACCAAUCCGACGAAGGUGUACCCCGGAAACGCACCAGUCGCCAGGAGUCCCGUUCCAGCAUCAAAAAGGAUCAACCGCCUCAAUUGGCUCCCAAAGCAACGCUGAUCGAGAAGGAAGAAUCUGCCACCGGUGCCGUAACGUUAGCCGUCUACAUAAAGUACGUCAAGGCGAUUGGUCUAUCCCUAGGUCUGUGGUCGAUCAUCUUCAGCUUCAUCACCCAAGGUAGUGGAAUAUACUCCAGCAUUUGGUUGACGGAUUGGUCCGAGGAUCCUGAAGCUAUCACUGAUACGUCCGUCCGGGAUAUGUACCUCGGUGUGUACGGAGCCUUGGGAGGAAUUCAAUCGAUCGCUCUGUUCAUCAGCUCUGUUGCGUUGGGCUUGGGUUGCUUGAAGGCCGCCAAGGAAUUGCACGAUAAACUUCUCGAAAGCUCUAUGAGGAUGCCCAUGUCUUUCUUUGACACCACUCCUCUGGGUCGCAUCAUCAAUCGCUUCUCCAAAGACGUAGAUGUCAUGGACAACGUCCUUCCGGCAACCAUCCGAGCGUGGCUGUACUUCCUGUUCAGCGUCAUCGGAGUGUUCGUGGUUAUCGGAAUUUCCACACCAAUUUUCUUGGCAGUCGUACCUCCGUUGAUCGUGAUCUACUACUUCAUCCAGAAGAUCUACAUUGAAACUUCCAGACAGCUGAAACGAUUGGAGUCAGUCACGCGGAGUCCGAUCUACUCUCACUUCGGCGAAAGUAUCAGCGGUCAAUCGACGAUUCGUGCCUACAACGAGCAGUCUCGGUUCACGCGCGAUUCUGAGGACAAGGUCGACUACAACCAGAAGGUAUCCUACCCGACUAUCAUCGCCAAUCGCUGGCUGGGAAUUCGGCUGGAGAUCGUUGGCAGUUUGGUGAUUUUGUUCGCGGCCCUGUUCGCUGUUCUGGCGAGGGACACAAUUGGGCCAGCUACCGUUGGUUUAUCCAUCUCCUACGCUCUGCAGAUCUCUGCCACGUUGAGUUUCAUGGUGAGAAUGACGGCUGAAGUGGAAACGAAUAUUGUUGCUGUGGAACGAUUGGAGGAAUACACUGAGUUGCCCAGGGAAGACUCCUGGCAGAAGGGUUCAGUUGACAAGAGCUGGCCGUCGGAAGGUAAAGUGGAGUUCAAGGACUUCAAGUUGCGCUACAGGGAAGGGUUGGAUCUGGUGGUCAAGGGAAUUUCUGUGAACGUCAAAGGAGGCGAGAAGAUUGGUAUUGUUGGAAGAACAGGUGCCGGUAAAUCCAGUUUGACCUUGGGUCUGUUCAGAAUUGUGGAAGCAGCUGGAGGCAAAAUCGUCAUCGACGGGGUCGACAUUUCACAGAUUGGUCUCCACCAGCUGCGAGGUCGUCUGACGAUCAUUCCGCAGGAUCCGGUCCUGUUCUCCGGAAGUCUGCGCAUGAACGUCGAUCCGUUCGGAUCCUACUCGGACGACCAAGUAUGGAAAGCCCUCGAACUGUCUCAUCUGAAGACGUUCGUAAAAGGGCUGCCAGCCGGGCUGGAGCACGAAGUGGCUGAAAACGGAGAAAAUCUCUCCGUGGGUCAACGCCAACUGAUCUGCUUGGCUCGAGCGGUUCUCCGGAAAACGAAGGUACUGAUUUUGGACGAAGCAACCGCUGCGGUUGACUUGGAAACGGAUGACUUGAUUCAGGUAACAUUUGAAACUCAUUCAAACAAAUUCGUCAGAACUUAUCUCUCUCCUAUCGUCAUAUUACAGAAAACAAUCCGCACGGAGUUUGCCGACUGUACAAUACUGACGAUUGCUCACCGUCUCAAUACCAUUAUCGAUUCCGAUAAGGUAUUGGUGUUAGAUAAGGGUCUCGUGGCUGAAUGUGAUUCUCCGCAGAAUUUGCUCGCCGAUAGGAGUACUAUUUUCUACAGCAUGGCGAAGAAUGCGGGUAUUGUUAGCUAGUGAGCGUUUAUGUUGAUGUUGUGGGUGUAGUAAUAAUGAUUGAUAUUUUAUAUUGCUAAA